AUGUCCCAGCAAACCCACAUCGAUUGGGCCCAAGGGUCCGCGUUUGUCCAGAAGGGCACCAUAUACGUGUCCCCCAACUGCAAGCGUGUCGUCAUCAUCCCACCCGCUGAGGUCGACGUCACCAACCCCUUCGAACAAAAGGCGACACGAGCAGAACCUCGGCGACGAGACCUGGAUUUAGAGGGCGUCAAACAGCCAGUGCGCUGGCACGAUCAGUACGGGUGGAUCGCCUUCAUACCCUUGGCGCCAUCAUUCGUGUCCUUGCCGUUUAAUUUUUUGUGCUGGUCUCCAAAGAUUUUGCGCAAUAAACCGCACAAGUCUCCGGCCACGUAUGAAAUGGAGUGGCACAGCGUAAAAGAAUGGCGCCAAUUGGAUGAAAACAUCACCCUUCUGUGCGAAAAGAUCCGCUUAUGGUGUCGCGUUCCUGGAACCCCACCUCCUAGCCCCAAAAGCUUCGGUUAUGAUCUCAGGUAUAGCUCUGAAGCAGACGCGCAAAGGAGCUUUGAGGCCACCCGAAACGCGUUUAUCCUGUGGAUGGGCUACCUGUCGUAUCUCGUCGCCCAAAGUCGUCGCGAGAUCUAUUCAAAGCACAUCAAGCACGAUCCCAAAAGCCCCGUCCCUGCAUGGCAUGAACGCCUCCGCGCUGAGCAUCCUGACAUCUCAGAAGUAUGGCUGGAUGGCUUGUAUCAUUCCAACGUAUUUUCGUUUAACGCCAGAACCCCUCGUGUCGGCAUGGUCUACGAGUUGAGCAGCACCCACGCGACACGCCCUCCCAUCGAAUGGCUUCUGGAACACCAUGUUCCAGUCUAUUAUCCGUGGCGGAUGCGGGAAGAGGAAAUCUUCCUCACCCACAAAAUACUCAAUCUCGAGCUUCGCCCCCCGCGCGACUUGUUGGCGGCAACACUUACCGACCUGUUCAAGUCUAUGGACGUGUCUCUCGCAGCCGCCUUUGCGCGCAAAUUUUUUAAUAAAUCUCAUUCGACGGAGGGCCUCACGAUGAAGUCGCUGGGAGAUGAGUACUCCACUACUUUGGUGUAUUCUAUCCUCAGUAACGAUUUCGCCCACAACUCAGAGGCAUUGGAUCAGCACAUGUCCCAGCCAUAUGAAGAAUUGGAAAAAAAGCUCCAAAAGAGAGACGAGGAACAGCGUCAGCUCGCCAUUGACAGCGCCAACCUGCCUACGCUGCGCAUGAUCGAACUGGCGAAUGAAAACCACAAGCUGCUGACCUCUGUGCACGAUGACUGGGACGCUUACUGGGCUGCAAGGGUGGAAGAACGGCGACGGAUUCUGGCCAAAGAGACGCCAGAAGCUAGACAGGCUCGCCUGAACCGAGAGAACAACCCAUCGGUGGUACGUAGCAAAGUAUUUGUCUGGAAAACGCUGGUGUCCACAGAGGGAGCCAGCGUUUACAUGCGCGAACACAUCGCAACGUCACGAAACAGCAUCGAGGAGGCCAAACUUCGCCCACACCGCAAGGUCUACAACGGUGUGACAGACGAAUGGGAUCUCUGUCGAGAUUUGGAACCACCAGCCGAGUUGGCAGGCGCAUCCGCGAUGUUGGACCAGUGCAUUCAGGCACAGACAAGGCCUGCUAGAGGCCAGCAUCGCCGCGGUAGAGGUGUACGUCCCGCAAAACAACCCAGGCAGCACCCGAAACCAGCACCUGCCGAGGAAGAGUGGGAAGGCGUACCCUGGUACGACACCAUUGAACCUGACCCCGAUGCGCCGGUGGCCUCAACGUCGGCCCUUCCCCCCGCUCGUAAUCCUUCCCCACCCCCUUUGCCUCCAAACAACCCGCCUGUCAUUGAGGUUCCGACACCCUCGUCAUCGCGAGAUAGACCCCGCCGCGCACCCACAACACCCCCACGGCCCACGCUAGGACGGCGCCUGCGCAGUCGCUCGCCAACACCCCCAGAGGUUGCAACGCGCUCUCGCCCACGAGCACGUCGUUCCCCAGAGAGCGAGUCGCGGGUCCAACAGAGCCCCCCUGCCGUCGUCGAAGAUUUCGAGAUGGAGGAACCAGGCCCAUCUGUUGAGGAUGAAAAUGCGGAUGUUGAGAUGACCAUGGACGCGCCCGCCACGGAUGUUGUGCAACCCCAGCCCAUUACACCCGACAACGAUAUGGUCAGAUGCCUGCGCCAAUCUUACGGCUACCUCCCUGGCACAACGACGACGCCCUGUGCCGCUGCAGACUGGGAUGAACUGGUCGAAACCUUUGGGUUUACAGAGUUACUUACCCCAGAAGUUACCCUGGACGCUCGACAACACAUCAAACAGUUUUAUCUGGCUUGCAUUGAACCCACAAGCACAGAAAUGCCGGCCGCCCUCUCUGACCUCAACACGCACAGCCUGACAUCCCUGUCUCGUCUGCUGGACCUCUCGCAAAUACACCGCCCCCAUGAAAAUCUGUUUGUUUUUUCAGAACCUCGUUCAGAGGAACACGAGUGGAUGUUGGGUGUUGAAACGGCAGAGAUCGCCCUUUACGUGUGUCGGCUCAGGUUAGAGCACUCCUGGGCUCCCAUCGACUCCCUGACAAAAAUGCUGCUGGAGAGAGGUGUGCCCUGUCGCACUCUCAUGGGCAUUGAAAUGUCGGGUCGCUGCUCCACUGUCCAGGAGCCAUACACCCCUCGAUCUGUCCGCCCGUCAGCGUACAAAUUUGGCGUUGAUGACUUCGAAGCAUACCGAUUGCAAUGCGAGAACAUCAUCAAACACCAACAACACGGUCGGGCUGCCUUGCUGAGGGGUGGAUUGGUGGGUAGGAUAGCCAGUGAGUUUCUGAGCGUCGACGAUGGGCUGGCUGGCCCCUCUAAGGAAAUCAUUCAGAACCGGCAGGGGUUCAUCGUGCCAGCUGGCGACACGACUUGGUGUUAUUGCAACGACCAGCUCACGGAGAACGAGCUGUCCAUUAUAUGCGGCACCUACACGCUGUACACAGCUACUAAAGGUCAAAUAACUGUAAAAUCGUGGUUCCCUCCCCCGAACCUGUGGCAGGUGCCCCCCAGCAUGAACGGAUCACAAUGGGUGGAAUGGACGCCUGCCAACGAGGCAUGGUACCGUGAACGCGUAGAAGACAUCCGCACUCGGCAGGCCCAGCCAUUAACAAGAGUGCAAUGGAAAUCAAUAUUGCGCGGCACUCCUCCCAGUAGGAAGCUUCUGGCGGCAGCGUCUCAACGAGCUCAGGCCUUUGUCAACGGGCACGUACCGGUGGUGCCAACUUAUCGUGUUCGCCCAGGCCUUACAGCAAGGCCGAGGUGUAUCAAAGACAAAACAGCGAAAUGGCAGCGACAGGAGGCGAGUAGAGGCAGCGCGGCGGCAGCGACAGGCGGCGACGGCGGGACGACAGGCGGCGACGGCGGAAUGACAGGCGGGGAGGGGAGGCGGCAGUGGCAGCGGCGGCCCGGUGUGGCGGCGCAACAACACGCAGCAGAGUGCGUGUCGUGGUGGGCGGCGAGUGGACGCGACGGCGGGACGACGCGCGGUGACGUUGUGACGACAGGCGGCGACGGCGGGACGACAGGCGGCGACGGCGGGACGACAGGCGGCGACGGCGGGACGACAGGCGUUGACAGCGGAAUGACAGGCGGCGAGGCAGGCGGCAGCGGCAGCGGCGGCCCGGUGUGGCGGCGCAACAACACGCAGCAGAGUGUGUGUCGUGGUGGGCGGCGACUAGACGCGACGGCGGGACGACGCGCGGUGACGUCGUGA